ACCCAUCUUCUCUCGAAUACCCUACAAUCAAAUUGUAAAAAAGUGUACUGUACAUGAUAGGCCUAUAGCCCAUCUUCAACGGGAUACAAAUACUCCUAUAUGCAAGUUCUGUGUGUAUACAUUUGUUUUUGAUGUUACAAUGUUUGAUAUUCAAUAGUUUUAGAAGAUUAUCUAGAAUUAAAAAAUAUCAAAAUUAUGGUAGGCUGGAUGUCUGCUUAGAAAGUGUAUACAUCCCCCGGACGUGACAUCAUGAGCCUGAACCGGAUGAUGUGUUUAAAUCAACCCCCAGCUCAGCUGUUGUGCUAACGACUGACAAAUUAAGUUUUUUUUCGCCGUUAUAUACCAUGUAUAUACAUUUAGCAGUUGAUUGUUUGUAACAUUAGAUUAUCAGAAUAUCCACCUUUAUGGUCUCACGAGAAUAGAAGUCGGUGUAAAUUCAGUUGAAGCCUAUUUACGUGGAUUAUCAUACCAGACUGGUGAAACCCCUGGUCUUUUUUUGCUAACGAUAGCUGAAAGACAGCUAGCUAACGUUACUAGUGUAACGUAGCUAGUUUAUACCACAUUAUCACAUCGACCUCGACAGUGGACUCAUUUUAACAGUUUUGUGAACAACGAAAGCGCCGUCACGGAGGAUUCAUUUGGGGGAGGGCUAGUGUACUGGCUAGCUUGCAACGUUAAUCAGAUAACCAGUUGUCAUCGGUGGUGGGUAGCAGCAUGGACUUUGAAAAUGUCCUGGCAAUGGCUUCUCAAAACCAGGGCCUCAGUAGCCUUCCGAAGAGAUACAGUUUACAAACUGGCCCACCGAAAAAGGAUCCCAGAGUUAAAGGCGUCAAUUCAGCAGCCGUUCAGGCUUUCUUGAAGAAACAAGAGGCUGACCAGAAAAAGAAAGUACAAAAGAUGAAGAAGGAGAAAGAGGUACUUCAGGCGAAACGUGAGGAAUUGAAAACGGAUAGAAAGGCUCGCGCGAUGGCGUCCCGCACAAAGGAUAACUUCCAUGGUUACAAUGGUGUCCCCAUAGUGGAAGUUCCAAAGAAGAGAAGGUCCAGAGGAGAGGGCAGAGAGGAUGACAACCAGAGGGGUGAAGGGUAUGAAGAUGACGAAGAUAACUAUGAGUAUGGAGAGACGGAGUCUGAAUCUGAGCCGGAACAGGUUCCAGAGAGGCCAGCGGCAAAGAGCCAGUUGUCCAGCAAGUCCGUAUCUAAACCAGUGACUAAGAAACCUGGGGGCCCAGCUAAGGCUGCACCCCCGCCUAUGAACUUUGCCGAGUUGCUGAAGCUUGCCGCGAAAAAGCAGCACGAACCGGUUGAGAUAAAACCAGUGCCAAAGAAGAGUGAGGAGCGGCCGCUCAGCGCAGAGGACCUGAGGGAGCUCGAGAUCGAACGCAGGAUCAAGGAACGGAGGCAACAAGAGAAGGGGCGCGACACCAAGUCCGAGCUCAAAAGCAAAGCACAGCUCAACUCGAACACUCACAGGAAGAGUGUCCCUGAGAGAGACAGCAGGGGAGGCAGCAAGCCACACAAGAGUCUCCCGGAAAAAUCCUCCUCCAGCGAGUCCAGCAGGAAGCCAAAGCCCCACGGCUCCGGAGAGCGGCCACACAGCUCAGCCAAGACGUCUCUGUCGGACCGACCAAAACCUACCUUAAACUCCUCAGGUUCCUCAGGUGGCAGCAGAGCGCCGGCAAAGGCCAGCUCGCAGGUAUCUGCCAAACAGCCGGCCGCCAGGCCCUCCUCAAGCCAGAGACCCAACAGCUCCACAAGUGACCUUAACCCAAGGAAAGGGAACCACCCACCUUCUUCAGGUAAGCCAAGUUCUUCUGGGACCAGACCCUCGGGUGCCAGCCAAGGAGCACAGCGCAGCAGCUCGGGCCAGAGUCGACCUGGCCAGGGCAGCUCGGACAAAGGGUCGUCUUCCGGGAGGGCAGAGCACCAGCGACCGGGGGGCAGCCAUGGCAGUGCCCCCCGGCCGAGUAGUAACGGACAAAUGCGGCAGGUGUCUGGUGGAGCCGCAGGAAAACUGGGAGGCGCAGCACAGCAAAGACCAGGGGGAAGCUUACAAGGGAGGCCUGGGAGUAGCGUUCAAGCAAGGCCGGGGGGUAGCGUACAAGGGAGGCCGGGGGGUAGCGCACAAGGGAGGCCUGGGGGUAGCGUACAAGGGAGGCCUGGGGGUAGCGUACAAGGGAGGCCUGGGGGUAGCGUACAAGGGAGGCCGGGGGUAGCGUACAAGGGAGGCCGGGGGGUAGCUUACAAGCAAGGCCUGGGGGUAGCUUACAAGCAAGGCCUGGGUGGAGGGCCUAGGCCUGCAGCUGCUGGAGGAGUGCCUGGGAGGGCAGGGGGAGGUGGUGGGCCCUCAGGGCCUGGGCGACCAAAGUGUACUGUGGUGGCCGAGACCAUCUCCUCUAAGAACAUGGUGCCAAAACCUGGAAUGGCUCCCAGACCAGGAAUGCCGCCUAGACCCGGAGGACCCUCUAGACCAGGAAUGCCACCCAGACAAGGAAUACCAGCAAGACCUUAUGGUCAGGGGCCCCCUGCUAGGCCUCCUGGUGCAAUGUUGCCACCCAUCACGUCUGCCUACAAACGACGAUAUGUUGAUGACGAUGAGGACGAUGAGGACCCAGAGAUGGAUGACUUCAUCGACGAUGGAGGAGAGGAUCAAGAUGAAAUUUCAAAACAUAUCAGGGAAAUCUUUGGCUAUGAUCGGAACAAAUACAAAGAGGAGAGUGACUAUGCAUUGCGGUUUAUGGAGAGCAGUUGGAGAGAUCAGCAGAAAGAGGAGGCCAGGAGUUUACGCCUGGGCAUCAAGGAGGACGAGGAGGAGCUGCGCUUGGAGGAGGAAGAGAACAAACGGAAACUAGCGCUCUUGAAAGCCAAGCGGAGAAAGAUCUAGGGGCGAGACGACAAAAGAAAAACAAAACAGAAAAUCCGCUUUAUAUGAACUUUGGGUCAAGGAGGAAUGUUAGUGAGGAACAGGUGACUCUUGCUGCUCUCACUUGUUGUAUUUUUUAUUUAUUUGAAAUUCCCCUGAAAGGGAGCAGUUUUGCACUACGGAGAGCGCCUUGUCUUGGUGAAUUACACUGAGGAAAAUAAUGUAAUGAAAAGCAAUCGCGGACUUCAUUUUUGUACCGACAGCAAAUCAUUCAUAUAUGUAUGUACGUUUGGAGGCCUUACAUCUGACUGACAUUUCUUCAAACAGAUCAGACACCGUGGAGAUCAUUUUAUUCUAUUAAUAUAAGUAUGGUUAAGUGAAAACUGCCAUUUGUUUGAAUUGUACUGCGCUAUUUUUCUUGUUAAAAGUGAUUUGUCGAAUGCC